AUGCAUCGUCCUUCACACUGGCAGGAUUUGCUUGGGAGCGAGGGCCCAGAUUAUGGGUAUUGUGACGCCGACGACCAUGGCACUCCCACACAGUCUUGGUCCAUCCCCGGAGAAUUUCACACCGUCAAUCCCCUCCUUGAUUCCUGCCCUCUGUAUGACAUGAAUGCUCACUGCCCAAGACCUGGCGGGUUUGAAAACUCCUGUAUCUCGUACGACCAAUUCGCUCAGGGCUUCAGCCACCAGCCCAUGUGGGAUGAAGCACCCAGAGCCCUGCCACAACUGGAUGGCUUGGGCCUUUUCCGUCACGAAUUUGAACAAGGCCGUCACCAACGGCAUCUGUCUCCCACGGACCCUUUUGGGUUCGCUCUCUCCAGCAACAGCGAUUCGUCGGGGAGCGACUAUGCUCUGAGUCCAGAUGCAACUCGGAACUCCCUCAUCGUUCCCAUGGCUCCCUCGCCACAGGGAUUCUACGCCACUCCUUUGGCGACGUCUUCAGUCGCGAGCCAGAGCUGGACCUCACAACCACUCUUGAUGUCUCCCCAUCCUUCCACACCUGUCCCAGCCACCCACACUAUCCCCAGCAUGAGACAACUCCAGGUCACGCCGGAUCCAGAACAAGACGACGAGCCGGUCGAUGCCAAGGAAGCAUUCCACUCCAGGAUCGACUUUCCCGCGGGGAUAGAGCUAUCGGCACAGCUCCUUAGUCCUCCUGACUCGGGACCAGACCAACCAGUGCACGAUGAUGAAUUUAUGAAAGACGAAGAGGAGGACUCUGAGUUGACUGAGACCGACACCGACCCCGACUUCAGCCCCAGAGGAUCUACCACCCGCGGGCAGGGCGGGACCGCUCGUCGCCACUCUCUGCGUGGACCACGGCGUCCAGCAGCAGUCAUUGAUCCCAAAGCUCGUGUGCAGAAGUCUGCCCAGGUCGUCGACACAUCACACAGUGGCAGGUCACGGUCCAAGACCAAGAAGAAGGCCCUGGCAGUCAGCAAAGACGAAUCGGACUCGAAGCAUUUUCCCUGCGCUUUCCACCACUACGGUUGCUGCGCCAUGUUCGGCAACAAAAAUGAGUGGAAACGACAUGUCAAUUCUCAACACAUCCAGCUUGGUUACUACCGGUGCGAUAUGGGCACAUGCUCACCAAAGGCGGCGCGGACUCAGCACAGGGGGUUUAACGACUUCAAUCGCAAAGACCUCUUCACCCAGCACUGUCGUCGCAUGCAUGCCCCCUGGAGCGGGAGCAAGAGGGCCGAGAGCAGCGUGCCAAAGAAAGAUCGAGACAACUUUGAGGCAGAGCUUGAAGUCAUUCGCGCUCGCUGCUGGGUUGACCGCCGCAAGGGGCCUCAAAAGUCCAAAUGUGGAUUUUGUGGCAAGAAGUUUGCCGACGGCAAAGAGUCUCUCGGCUGGGAUGAAAGGAUGGAACAUGUUGGUAGACACUUUGAAAAGGACCAUCGGAAGAGCGAGGACGAAGUGAUUGAUGACGGUCUCCAGCAGUGGGCUAUCAGCGAAGGUAUUGUGAGAGAAGGGAAGAAUAAAGGGGAGUUCUGGCUGGUAGGUUUCGAACCCGCUCCGCCGAGUCGGCGUCCCCGGCAACAGAGGAGGAGCAGAAGAUCAAACAAGGAGGUGGAGGUCAAGCAGGAAGACGAUGAAAGCCACACGACCGACGGCAACCACGUCGACACUAGCCGCCUCCAGUACACUCUCGAUGAGAAGCAUGCCGACAGGAUGAUGGAAAGCGAAGACAACGGACAAGAUGAGGAUGCUGAGGCCGAAGACGAUGAGUAA